GGUUUAGCAAUGUCACUUUUCAAGAACUACUUCGGCCUCGGCGGCUCCAAGCCUACUGCCCAGGAUGAGAAGACCCCUGUCAGAGCCCUUCCUGCCUCCUGGUACACCUCUCAAGAAAUGUACGAGCUUGAACGCCGUGCCAUCUUUUCCAGAAAGUGGCUCCUUACUACACACAAGGCCAGAAUCCCCAACCCGGGUGAUUGGGUCCGCUACGAUGUUGCCGGCUACCAAUUCAUCAUUGUCCAAGACCGAAAGGGAAACAUCAAUGCUAUGCAUAACAUUUGCCGGCACCGAGCAUUCCCCGUUGUGACUAAGGAAGAGGGAAACAGCUACGUCUUCUCCUGCAAAUACCAUGGCUGGUCCUACGGUCUGGCAGGCAACCUGGCCAAGGCCCCUGGUUACCAGGAGCUCGCGGGCUUCGACAAGUCUCAGAACAACCUUUUCCCCAUCCACGUUCACGUCGACCGCAACGGUUUUAUCUGGGUCAACCUUGAUGCUGCCGAGAAGCCCGAGAUUGCGUGGAACGACGAUUUCCUCGGCAUCGACGAACAGGAGAGAUUCGAGCAUUACAACUUUGAGGACUACGUCUUUGACCACCACUGGGAGAUGGAGGGAGAGUGGAACUGGAAGAUCCUGGCCGACAACUACAACGAGUGUUACCACUGCCCGACCGCCCACCCAGAUAUCCCCUCCAUCGCAGAC